UUUAAGUCUACUUCUUCUUUGACUUGUACUCCAUCUCUCUCAUAUCUAUUGCUCCUCCUCCUCUCUUUCACUGAAAAAUGGAACCAAACAAAGCUCAAGGAAAGAGGAGCUUGAACUUCAAGACUGAGGAGGAGGAAGAGGAAGAGGAAGAGGAUGAGGACGAAGAGCAUGCGAGUACGGUACUACUGCAUGGAGAAGAUGACAGGAGAAAAAGAGUGAUGGUGAUGAAUAGUACUACUAGCUCUGCUAGUCCAAGCAAGAAAGGAUCCGGUGCAGGGGGGUCUACGACGACAAGGCCGUCUUGCCAAGCGCAGAGUUGUAAUGCAGACCUGAGUGAUGCAAAGCAAUACUACCGCCGCCACAAGGUCUGCGAUUUUCAUUCCAAGGCUCCGGCGGUGAUCGUCGGUGGUCUCCAACAGCGGUUUUGCCAGCAAUGUAGCAGGUUUCAUAACCUGUCAGAGUUCGAUGAAAACAAAAGGAGUUGUCGCAGACGUUUAGCUGGGCACAACGAACGGCGCCGGAAAAGCUCCGCCGAUUAUUCCAACUGAAUAACACAGACAAGAAGAAUAGAAUUGAAUUAUUGCAGGCAUAAUAAUUCUUGAAGAGGAAGAAUUUAUAUACAUAGCUGUUUUAGCAUCAUGCCCAGUUGCUCUCUCUCUUCUGUCAGCCCUCGAUCUCGAUUAUUGUAUGUACUGGAAAUUUGCAUCUGCAAUGUAAUCAAACAAUCAUGCAAUAGCCAAUCCAACUUGCUUUCGUUGGUAGCUGUCACUGAAA